GUGGAGGUUGUCCCCGAGGGUGUCGGAGCGGGUCCCUUGGAUCGGGGAUGGCGCUGUGAACGGUGUAAGCGAGGACGCAGGCAAAGUUUUCAGAGCGCAGUCGGGAAAGUUCGCCGGAGAAGCGACGCGCGGUCCUGAGCUCCUCUGUCACAGGCUGUUAUACCCACGGAUCCCCCCGUGCAGGCACGACGACUGCACGCUUCACUUAGCAAGGACUUUGUGUGCUGUUUCGUGGGUGUUUUGAGGGGAAUAUCGCCAUGUCCUUGAAAGGUAACAGUUAACUGGAACUACGCUCGCUGCGCGCUAUCGUUUCAAUGGACUACCGCGCAUCUUCCCAUCCAGCGAGUUACUCCGAUUGAAUGGUUUCCCGACCUGCGGAUAAGUACUGACCAUGAGCAUAACUUAGCUGACGUUGUCACAUCAAGCCCGUGUGUUGGGAAGGGUUGAAAGCGAUAAACUCCAGCCGGUGACAGCGAACUGUCACCCUUAUCUCAGGAACACCGAUCAUGGCCGCAGCGAUGACCGGCGAGGAAAGCCCUCUGCCCGGCAAAAAUUCCAGGAUAGAUCGGAAUGUAAUAGGGGGACUGGUCCACUGUUUCAUAUGUGGAAGCGGAGUAACGCCAGGGAAGGAACUGAGGUUACAAGUGGCGUACCAAAAAGAGAGGGUUUCCUUUUUCCCCUUUCUACAAAACCAGGAGCCAGCCCCGGGUGCGUGCGAACUGAGCCCGGAGGGACACGCGCUGGUGUGCGCCGUGUGCCACUGCUUUCUCACGGAGCAGUGGAACUCGUUCGAGCGGAGCAGAACGCCCAUUGAGAAGCGCAUGUACUGGCUGAAACGACCGUACCAGUGCGACUCGCGGCGGGUCCCGCAGGAGUGGAACCUCUCUUACGAUCUGGAGAGGAGAAUCAGCGUCGGAAGCCAGAACUACGACGGAGGCGCGGAGUCCGAUUUCUCGUCUUUUUCCGAAAACGAGAACUUAUCAGACCAAGAGAUGGAUUUGGUCGACAGAGCCGGCAUGAGCAAAGACAAGUGUCCGAAAGCAUCUGGCAAAUCGCCAAGAGACAGUGGCAGGAAGAACAAUGUGAUCAGUGUUAAAAACAGCCCGGAUUCGCAGCGGGCGAUGCGCUACCCGGCGGCUGUCAACGGGGCGCAGGGGUCUCCAAAAGCGGAGAGUGUUCUGCUGGUGAGGCGCGGUGCCAAAAUGAUGCAUAAUGCCUGUCAGUCAUCGGAAGCCCUGUCAAAGUCCCAGGAAAGAUUCCCCCUGCGGUGCUACGGCGGUCCUUUCUCUGACACACCUGUCCAAGACAACGGCGUCAUUAUGCGCAACAGGCGAUGGCUGGAGGAGGGGAGCGCCAGACACGCGGAGCCUCGUCAGAUUCAGCGCGUGGCCGACAGCAGCUGUGCUUCGUCCAGACAUCCAUCGCUGCCGUACCGGGGAAGGGGGGAGGAUAACCCCAACACGGAUCAUCAUCCGUCAUCCGUUGGCAACGCCGCUGUCACCGCUAAAUGUCACACGGCUGCUCCCAGGGAAAACAACUCUGACAGCUCUGAUGAAGAUGAGAUUAACAUUACAUCCGAUGAUGACACCGGCAUGUACGAGAGCAAAACAGGCCCAGCAACGCAGUUUCGACCUCUCGGAGACCUAACAGAAAGAAAAGCGCGCUCAACUGUGGACACCUGUUCAGAGGAGUGUGCUUGCUACAUCUGUGGCGCCGGUCUCAGACAUGACGGCCGUUUUAAAGUCAGUGUUCAGAAACAGGAGAAGGCACAGGGCGAGCCCUUCUUUCCGUUCCUGUGGCUUCACUCCCCUCCUCGGGGGUCAAUACCUAUCAGUCCAGCCGGUACAACCUUGGUGUGUGGCAGCUGCCACACCUCCCUCAUGCAGCAGUGGCAGGGCUUCCAGCUGGCAGAUGUGCCUGUCCUCCAGCGCUUGUAUAUGGUUCCGCUCAACCAGCCCACAAGCUCUGUCCAUCCCUCUCAGCUUACCCCAACAGAGUCCACGGAGUGUUUGGCUGAACCCAGGGCUUCCCAUGAGGCCUGUUUUCUCUGCGGUCAGGACUGUGGAGGAGAUAUGAGAGUUGCAUAUGCGCAGGCCGGUGUCGGUAAAUCCCGCGGCGCGAUGUAUUUCCCUUUCAUCAACAUGUUACCGUGCCCUCCUAAUGCCCAAGGCGUGAGGAAUGGUUGUGUGCACUGCUGCCCGCAGUGUCAUCUUAUCCUGGAGCAGAUCUGGGGUGCAUAUCGACUCAGCCUUAGUGAAGACCUCAUCACCUCGGUCAGCUCCUUCCUGGUCAGGUACCACGCUGCCAUGGCCAUUGAGGGGUCUGGAACGGCCCAUUCCCGGACGGUAGUGCCAUCUCGCCCCAGCGGCUCCAUGUCUGUGUGUUACCUGUGUGGAGCUGAGCUAUGUGCCGGUGGAGAGUUCCAGCUGCAUGUCAACCCGCCUGGGCGUUGUGGGGAGAGGGAGCCUUUCUUUCCCUUCCUCACUGUCCACCCUCCUGCUCCCCGGGCCAAGCCCGUAGACUCCACAGGCCUGGUGUCAUCCUGUAAUCUCUGCUACCAUGACCUAUACAGCCAGUGGGCCCAACAUGAGGGCCCCGGUCCCUCCACCCCAUCUAGGGCUAGUUUAUCCAGCGCCAACCCUCAGCCACCCAGCUCCCCUUGGGCCCGCCAGUACAGCUGUGAGGCUUUUGUGUGUUUCUUCUGCAGGAAAGAGCAGCGCAGGCAAGGUAGGCUGUGCGCUGUGACGGUGGCCCGGCUUCCUGUGUUCCUGUAUGCACCUCGCAGCACACGCACGCUCCUGGUGGAUGAUGGGAGGAGAUUGGUGAUUGGCUCGUGUUUGGAAUGUAAAGCCAUGGUGCAGGUUGGACAGAGCAUGCAGCAGGACAAGGAAAGGCUCGGACAAGGAGCCUCAGACGAGGAGAAGAAAGAUCCCGCAUCAGCCUCACCGGAGUCUAGACACAGGGCAUGUUCUGUGAUUGAGAGUGUGGAUGGAGCCAGUAAGGAGGUGGGCUCGAGGCCUUCGCAGCCUGCAGGGGACCACGCUCUUUCUCACCCGGUGACCUCGGAGCCAGAGAAAGACGACCGAGCCGACCGCCCUCUUUCCAGCAUGAGCCAUGAGCCAAAGUCACCAUCGUUAGGAAUGAUCUCCACAGCGACCCGUACCACGGCGACGGUCAGCCCCCUCACCCCGUCGCCUCUCAACGGCUCCCUGGUAGCCAAUGGAAGCCCCGCUAACCAGUCUGCUCACUCCGGAUUCGCCGCAGCCCUCCGUAAACUGGCAAAACAGGCCGAGGAACCUCGAGGUAACGGCACACCUGCGUCCUCCAUCAGCAGUGAGUCCUCUCCGGUGUCCUCCCCGGCCACCAACCACAGCUCUCCAGUCAGCACACCCAAGAGGGGUCCCCUCGGCCCAGGCCCUGUCCUGGUUCCCCCGGCUGGCCACAGCGUGCCAAACACCCCACCUGUAGUCACCAUUGCUCCGACGAAGACGAGCAACGGCCUCUGGAGGAGCGAGGGACGCCAGGCUGACUCGGGGCCUCGUGGGGCCAGCAGGGAACGUCUGGGUGGGGAGGGGAACCUCCCACAGGAAAAGGGUGGCCCCUCAGUCCCUGCCCACCUCCUGGGAAACCCCUAUGCCUUUGGUCUCACCCCCGGCGCUGUCAUGCAGGAUUCACGGUUCCAGCCUCUCAGUCUGCCCAGACAGUUGCCCCCCGGUCAUGUACCUGAAGAGUACCUCCGUGGUUUCCGGCCCUACGCCACGACCGAGGAUGCCCUGCGCAUGCCCUCCUUGCCCUUUGGCCUGGACCCCGCCACUGCGGCUGCCGCAGCUGCAUACUACCACCCCAGCUACUUGCCUCACACUUCCUUCACGCCAUACAGGAUGGACGACCCUUUCUGCCUCUCUGCCUUGAGGUCACCUUUCUAUCAGCUGCCAGGAGGGGGCGCUUUACCUCCCAUCCACCCCUCUGCCGUUCACAUGCACCUACAAGGGGUCCGCUACCCCGGGGACUUCACGCACCAAUCCCUGUCAGCACUGCAGUCUGAGAGGCUCCAGCUAGAGGAUGAGCUGCGACAGAGAGAGAGGGAGCGGGAACGAGAACGUGAGCGCGACAAGGAGAGGGAGCGGGAGGCUGAGCGGGAGAAAGAACGGGAGAGGGAACGAGAGAGGGAGAGAGAACGGGAGAAGGAGCUAGAGAGGGAGCGGGAGAGGGAGCGAGAGAGAGAACGGGAGAGGGAGAGAGAAAGGGAGAAGGAGCUGGAGAGGCAGAAGGAGAGGGCGCUGAGGGAAAAGGAGCUGCAGGCAUCCAAGGCCAUGGAGAGCCACUAUUUGGCUGAGCUGCAUUCCAUGAGGGGGCAGGAGGACAGAACCAAGCCUGAGAGACUCCCCCCUAAUCGGGCAGGUAUGUGUCCGUGCUUCCUUAAGCUAAAAUCUGUAAGCACAUCAGUUAGAGCUCAAACAAUGAUGAACUCUUGACUCCACUCUUCAAUGGUGCAAUCGCAUCAUCCCAUCCCUGGUCUGAUACCGGGCCACAGCCUCUACAUGGGAUCCAGCGCAGUCGUGGCGGGGCUCUCGGCCUCGAUGAUCGCUCAGAGGACCAAUGAAGAGGAGAGGUGGUUGGCGCGCCAACGUAAGCUGCGGCAGGAAAAAGAGGAUCGUCAGUACCAGGUGUCUGAAUUCCGCCAGCAGGUUCUGGAGCAGCACCUGGACCUGGGCCGGCCAGGCGACGCGCCAGAUCACAGGACAGACCCACACAGAUCCGUACCAAAUCACCACGAACCAGGAAGCCGGGACCUCCACCCCCACUUAGGUGCCCCCCCGCCCCUCAUCUCACCCAAACCUCUUCAGCCACUGCGUGAACACCACCCUCCCACCACCCUCUGGAACCCCGCGUCUCUUAUAGAAACCCCUUCAGAGUCCAGACGUAACCACGAGCCCUUGGGGAUGGGACACUACGAGCUCAGUCGCCUGCCCCCGGGGCCCUCCAAAUAUGACGACGGACCUCGAAGGAGAGAAGGGGGACCAAUGGAGAAGUAUCCCCCGGUGAGAGGUCCCCCGGGCCUGCCGGAACCCAGCACAUUCCUCGCUGAUCUGGAAAAGUCCACCCAGUCCUUCUUCAGCCAGCAGAGGGCAACACUGUCCCUGUCCAGCCAGUAUGAACUGGAGGGAGCCAUGAAAAGCAAUGCUGGACUCAAGAACCUCCAGGGACACCCGGGGCAUAGCAGACAUGGACAGGGGCUAGGAAUGGUCCCUGGGCCUGGGACGGGACAGGCAGCCACAGUGGGGAUGGGUCAAGACACGAUGCUGAUUUUUGACGAAUUCCUUCAGCUGCACCGAAGGCCUGUCAGCAAGCUGGACCUGGAGGAGAAGAGGAGGAGGGAGGCCAGGGAGAAAGGUUACUACUACGAGCUGGAUGACUCGUAUGAUGAGAGUGACGAGGAGGAGGUAAGAGCCCACCUCAGGAGAGUAGCAGAGCAGCCCCCACUCAAACUGGAUGACUCCACAGAGAAAGUGGACUUCCUGGGAGCGUUCGGCCUGACCACGGUGGGCCGGCGAGACGAGCUGGUGCAGCAGAAGAGAAGGAAAAGGAGGCGGCGGCUCAGGGAGCGCAGCCCCUCUCCACCUUUCUCGCACUCUAAACGCACCCCACCUCCUCCUCCCCAACUCAGCACGCGCUUCACCCCAGAGGAAAUGAACCGAGCACCAGAGCUGGAGGAUAAGAAGCGCUUCCUCAACACGUUCAAACUGUCCCACGUCACAAUACAUCAGAGGAGAGAUAAUGAAAAGGUGGUUGAGCUGCUUCAGGCCAUUAAAGAGAAGAGCGUAACCUUGGAUACCGUCAGGCAUGCCCCUCAUCCGCUGUGUAAGAGUCCUCCAGCACAGAGUUCUGAUUCUGCGUUUGUCCAGCCUCCCUCCGACUCAGAAGGCCAUCACGGUGUCAGACCCUCUAGCCCCUCCUCCCAUUGCCCAGCGUCCCCCAAUGGUCACCUCAAACCCCUCGGGGAGACAUUAAGACCAAAGGAACCUCCUUCUCCAGCUGUCUACCCAGACAAGGCCCGGGGGCCUAGUGAGGGGCCGGCCUCUAAGAGGAGCUCCAGCCUACUGAACAGCUUGCGGCCCCCACACCCCCUGCAGGCUAAAGAGGGCCCCCACAGCAUCAAUGGACGCACCAAACCCUGGGACAGCUUCACCCCGGAGGAAUUUGCCCAGCAGUUCCACGAAUCUGUGCUUCAGUCCACUCAGAAGGCUCUGCAGAAACAUAAAGGUGGAGUUACAGGGAUGUCGGAGACGUCCCACCUCCAGGAGUCCUCUGUCCACUACAACAUUCCAGAGCUCCAGGGAGCGCCGGGUCGGCCGCCGCAACCGCAUCCGCAAUCCAACUCAAAUGCACAUUCAUUUGGCCACCCACUCUCACUUGCCCACCCUCAGCCCAACGGGCAGCACUUCUCUGUGGCCCCGCACCGGGAGGCCUCAGGGAUGAGGGAGGACCUCUCUGGUCCGGAUGACUCCGAGGAAGAGGAGGAGGAGGAGGAAGAAGAGCAGGCUCCUGCUUCCAAGUGGCAGGGGAUUGAAUCUAUAUUUGAAGCUUAUCAGGAAUACGUUGAAGAGCAAACUUUGGAACGACAAGUUCUGCAGAGCCAGUGUCGAAGACUAGAAGCUCAGAACUACAACCUCAGCCUGAGUGCUGAGCAGCUGUCUCACAGCAUGGGGGAGCUGAUGUCCCAGAGACAGAAGCUGGCAGUGGAAAGGGAGAAGCUACAAGUCGAGCUGGAGCACUUCAGGAAGUGUUUGACGCUGCCACAGACACACUGGCCGAGAGGCGGCCAUUACAAGGGCUACCCUCCCAGGUGACCCCGACACGCCGACCCGAUGGCCCCGCCAGGGCUACUCCACCUUCAGACUGACGCCCAGAGUUUAUUUUUCACGGCCGGGUCCACGCGUCUCCACGGAGGAGAAUACGGCUGGCUAGAUAGGAUGAGUGGAUGGAUGGAAGAUGAACGCAGAGGAGACAGGACCAUACAUUGAAGGAACGACCACGAGCCACUAACGUGUGCCAAUGUAGCCAACACAGAGUGCACGGGACAGGAGAACCCCGAGGUUAACACACACACAAACACACACACACACACACACCUGUCCCACCUUCUUCAGUCCCCGCCGCCCACCCGCUCGCUUGCUCCAUCAGUCCUCGCAUCCCUCACCGCCACACAGACAAUCCUGCCAUGGAGGGAGCAGCCGCCCCCAGAGAGCGGCGUCAUCAAGAGACUCGGGACGCGUCGAAGGCUUCUGGUCGGCCCGGGACCGAUUUUACCGCUGUGGCCACGUGAGCUUUUGAACUGGAAAUGCACUUAAGAAUAAAAGCUGAAGAACUACCUGGUGGUACUGUAUCACAACAAAGAACUGUUCAAAUUAGGGAAGAACUUAGAAAAUGCACAUUUUUAGAAAGAAUUAAGGAAAAUGUUUUAUUUCAAAAUAGAAAAUUUGCGAAUAAGAAUUUUAAAGGGUGCUUCAGCCUUGUAUUGUAAAUACUAUGAAGACUUAAAAGAUUUUGUAUGUUUUUAUUACUUUAAUCAUUGUUCUUUUAAAGAAAAAGGCCUGCCAUUUUUUUAUGUUUAUGCUUUUUUUUGGGUUGGAAAAGAAAGCUUUGCUUUUAGUGUUUGUACUGCUGCUGGCCAGAACAGCUCAUCUUGAGACAUCUUAACCGAGUGGGGGGAGAGAACAGAACACACUCCUCUUACUCCUGACCCGGCCACGACCACCUCUUGCGUCCGAGCUCAGCAGAUCUCACUUGGAGGUCCUGAGACGUGGUCCCGCCCCCUUCCUUCACAGCAACAUGCGUCUCUGGUUUAAUGCCCAUCAACCCCUCCUCCGGUCACUCACUCAUGCUGUUAGCUUGUGAUAUUCUCUUACAGAAACAAGUUGAGAUCCACAGUGACAUUUCUUUUUUUUUUUUUUAAACUUUGGACAUUUGACAUACUUGAUUUUGUAAAGACAUGAAGAGUCUCUUAAGCGGCCAGCUGAUGGAACUGGUUAUUGAUGCUUUAUCCUACCAUUGGACCUUUCACUUCCCUGUGUAUGACAUCACGAGUUAGACUCAACCAAUAUGACGGUUUGCAUUACGUUACGCCUUACAAGCCUUUAUCGGCAGUCAUGAGGACACAGUGCCAAAAUGAAGAAAGGAAGCUUUUGGGAUUUUAAAUGGAGUUGCAAUUAGGUAGCCAAACCUUUUUAAAUCAGAACAGCCAUCUUCCACCACUGGAUUACUUUGCGUCCAUUCAUCUCCUUCCUGCAUUUACCCAUGUUGUUUUAGGACUCCUAUCGAAAGUUCCCAACAUGUACAAAUAAUGAAUGGAAAUCACAAAAGGACGUUUUCAAACGGGGCCUUUUUUAGUACAUACAAAAUUAGAUGGAUUGAAUUGGACUCGCCUCACACACGUUUACAGCCCGUCAGCGCUGCGUAGGCCACAACGUUCUAUCCUGUAACUCUUGCUGCCUCGGCCUUUUGGCCGAUGAAAGACCCCACACGCCAGCAAGGAGGUGCGCAGAUCAUAGUUCUGAAUUAAAGAGGCUGCACAAGUUAUACUUGUGGGACACAGUGUGUUGAGAGCGGGACAUUUCCAUAUUCCAGGGUGAAGAAAAAAAAAACGUGCCGAAUUGGAAUUCAUAAGAACUGAAGCACAGCUACCCCCUCCAUAGAGAAUGCUAAUUACAAGUGCCUCCAGAAUCUGGGAGCACGUGAAUGAGUUGCAGUCCUCUUAUCGGACAUUCUACACACGACGCCAGUGAUCAGGGAAUUACCAUUUCACAUUCAAGUGGCCACCGUUGGUCUCCCACUUCUUCAAACGUGUGCAUGACCCAAGAACCAACACAGAAUUCCUUCAUCUAAAUGCAUCUCUGAGAACCGAGUUAAUCACAACACCGUUUUAUAAAUGCGGCCCAGUUCAAAGGAUCAGGUGGAUACAAAGGUUGAGGUCGUUUUUUUUACAGAGCGGAAAAGGCAAUGCAGAGGUGCUGCCACGGUUCAGCCUGCGUCCCCGGCCCACGCAAUAGCCCCAUCACUCAGCGGAGGAUGUCUAGAUGCUGUGAAAUCUUGUUUUUAAAAUGUACUUGUUUGAAUUCAUUGUAAUGUAAUAUAUUCUUUGUUGAAUGUAGUAAUUAGGUAUUUAUGAAUAUAUGGCUGUGAUUUCAGACAAAAAAGAAAAUAAAAUAUUUCAAAAUGUUAAAAAUCAA